UUCGUUUUGUUUUUCCAGAUGAUCACAUGUUUAGCUUGCUGCCAGACAUCGAGUAAUGAUAUUGUUUAGAUGAUUUGGAAAACAAAAACAUUCAACAUCUGAAACAAAUCUUGUUAUAAAACUCAACAGAAUUUUGUGACGAUGGCUAAUUCAAUGAGCUCAGCAUUGAUGAUAAUUUCAACGAUAUUGAAGGCAUUGCAAAUUGCAGCACUGGCAGUUGGAAGUGGUUUUGUCGGUAAAUUUUACAAGGAAUUUUAUGAUUAUUUCCCACAAAACGUAAUUAAAGUCGACUACUUCAGACACUAUGGUAGAUACGAAAUAUACCUCAAUGCAGCUGGUCUUGGAGUGGUAAUUGUCUUUAUUGGUUUAGUCUUUGCCUGCACACGCUUGCAAUGCAAAAAACAUGGUGCUUUUGGAUUGUUACUUUUACAAGUCAUUGGAGCUAUUGAGUUGGUGUUUGCUUCCACCUUGCUGUACAAAGUAUUAGAAUCAUAUCAAGAACACCAACAUUUGCUUUUCAUAAGUAUGCCAUCAUGGUGUGAUUUUUGCGAGAAAACAGAUCAAGACUUUCAAUGCUAUCAACUGACCAUUGGCAUGAUUUGUGGUUUCAGUGGAGCUGGAUUGUUUCUACUUGAUGCUUUGUUCUCCUUUAUUGCUUACAAAAGAUCAUAGCUUAUUACAUCUCAAACAUAAAAAUUACAUUGUUAAAUUUGGAAACAAUACAUAUUUAUGAUUUAUACAUUACUAUAUAUGCUUCUUGUGGGGUAGUUUGACUUGGAAAAAGGAUAUUGGUAUGAUUACUUAAAACAAUUCUUAAAUCUACAAUGAUAUAUCUAAAUACUUUUAUACAUAACAAGAAAAAUGCUGAUAUGAUAUUUCACUUCUUUAGCAUGAGAUGGUCAAAUUUUAUGGCAUUCAACAGCUGCUACAGGCAUACAGCUCUUGAAAAAUGCCAUAACAGGGCAGGUCUUGAUAUUGUACCUCAAUUAUUAUACAUUAUAUAUUGCCGUUUUUUUUA